AUGCCCGGAUUCGAAGACGGCGCCGAUGCGCCCAAGGACUGGCGCCAAGAAACCACACAUCUCCCUUCCUUCUACUCACCGAAAACGAAGCCCGUUGACGGUCCUGCUGUCAAUGCCGAGAACCCCGAGCCCCAACAGUUGGAUCUGUCCGACCCCGCCGCCCCCGCGACGACUGACGACGAUGCUGCCCCGACGGCCUCAGCCACCCAGAUCCCGCCGCCCUCCCUGCUGUCGCCCGCCUUCACGCCCCCCGCCACCCCCGGUACAUCCACGCCGCUCACCAGCGAGGACGCCCCGCGCGGCGUUCCUGUCGACAGUUCCGUGCCCUCUGGCGGUUGCGGCACCAAGCGACCCCGCCUCCUCGAGACCUUGCCCGAGGUCCAGUGCAUCGUGCGUGCGCGCAUCCCCACUGUCAAUGGCACCGAGAUGUUCCUGCACUUGUACCAGAACAACGUCGACAACAAGGAGCACCUCGCCAUCGUCUUCGGCCCCCACAUCCGGAGCAAGUCGCUCGACGCGCCGCGUCCCGGCGAGACCGAGAUGGACCGCAUGAUCCGCGGCGCCUACACGGGGCGCCUGUUCCCCGGACGCUCGACGAGCGGCAUGCCCGGCGGCGUCGCCACCCCCGUCGGCGAGGACCCCCCCGCCCAGCGCGGCCCCGCGCUUGUGCGCAUCCACUCCGAGUGUUAUACCGGUGAGACCGCCUGGUCGGCGCGGUGCGACUGCGGCGAGCAGCUGGACGAGGCCGCCAGGCUGAUGAGCCUGCCCGGCAACACCAACGGCGGUAUCAUCAUCUACCUGCGCCAGGAGGGCCGCGGCAUCGGCCUCGGCGAGAAGCUCAAGGCGUAUAACCUGCAGGACCUCGGCUCCGACACGGUCGAGGCCAAUCUGUUGCUGCGCCACCCCGCCGACGCUCGCAGCUACGGCCUCGCGACCUCGAUGCUUCUGGACCUGGGCCAGCACGAGGUGCGCCUUCUCACCAACAACCCCGACAAGAUCCGCGCCGUGGAGGGCCCGAACCGCGAAGUCAGGGUGACGGAGCGCGUGGCCAUGGUGCCGCUGUCCUGGAAGGGCAGGGGCGGGUUCAGGAGCAACGAGGUCGAGGGCUACCUCAAGACAAAGAUUGAAAAGAUGGGACACAUGCUCGACAUGGGCGGCAUGCCGUCAUGA